GGGGCGCUGCCCGCCGGCCGGCGCCGUGAGGCGGCGGUCGGGUCCCCCCUGCCCCGGCCGCAGCUCGCCCGGGGGCGGUCUCCGGGGGUGGCUGGGUGCGGUUUGUGCCCCCCGUCGUCGAAGCGGGAGCCGGGCCGGUGCAGCCGGGCGGGCCCCUCCCGCAGGCCGGGCCGGUGAGCUGCGGCCCCCAGCAACGGGGGUCGGUACCCGUCGUCUGCAGGUCCGUGUCACCGAACACGAACGGACCAUGCCUCUUCCGGAAACCAUGUUCUGCGCUCAGCAGAUCAAAAUCCCCCCUGAGCUACCCGAUAUCCUGAAGCAAUUCACCAAAGCUGCUAUUAGGACUCAGCCUCAUGAUGUUUUGCAGUGGGCAGCUGCUUUGUGUGGACAAGCUCUUGAAAGGUAUUUUUCAGCAUUGUCAAAAGGCGAGACCCUUCCUGUGAAGGAGAGGAUUGAAAUGCCUUUAGCGACAGAGAAAACAGAUGCUGGUUUGACCCUAGGACUCCUUAAAAUCUUGCACAAACAGCUUUCUCCCAAAGGCACGGUGAAAGUUGCAGAACUGAAGGAAAAAUGGAAGCACUUGUGCUUGGCAGAGGAGCAACUGAAAGCUAUCCUGCAGCUGGACGACUUCGGCGAGGAGGUGGAAUGGAUGAAGGUUCUCGCACUUGGGUGCAGCGUGCUUGGUGGGUCCUUACUGAGUUCAAUGAAACACACCUGCGAAAUCUUAACAAGGGACCCAGAAGGCGGAGCAGCUCGUGUUCCCUUCGAAACAUUCUCGUUCCUCUACUCCUAUUUGGCCAGUAUCGAUGGAGAGAUACCAGAGGAGAAAACUGAAGCAUUCCUCCACGGAAUUAAAGAGCAAGCCGAACAACAAAAUGGCAUGGUGCUGCUCAGAAACUUUCUGACCCAGCCCUCAACCCUGUUUUGAUCAAGCCAACUUUCCAGCACCAGAUACAGCUUGUCACAUGACCACCAUGUCCAAACAAACAAGCUCUAGUAAAUGAACAGUUUUACCAAGACUUGUUCAACAUGAAGAAUGCUGUGGCUGAGCUGCUGGAAGAAACAUCAACUCAAGAAAGGGCAGCAAUGAUUCCACAUUGUCUUCUCUCUAACUAGCACCCUUUCAGAACUUACAUAUCCUUUUCAAUUCUUAGAUGGACUUUUCUAAUUAAAGAUCUGUUUUAAAAUAGACCUUGUUUUCUGACAGUAAAAGUGUUUGUCACAUAGGUAAGGAAAUGCCUGACACCUAGUUCAGUUUGGUUUUGAGUUCAACAGCUGUAGUCAGUAAAGAAAUCUAAAUCAUCAGAACUAGACUAAGUAUUUAGUGACAGAUAAUCGUACUUAACUGCAGAAACAAUUGAGACAAGAGUCAGGAUACUAGUGGCUACAGUAAAACUGGAGAGAGUGCAGCACCAGAGGAGGCCAAAAGCAGGAGCAUAUGCGGCGCCCUCUCUGGCACCUUGAUCAAACAGAGAAAGUACUGUAGGAAAGAUAGGUCUGCAACCUUGUUCUUUUAUAGUUGCUUACUUUGUGAAGUAACAAGCUUGGCUGCCAAUGACUGACUGUGCUGUAGCAGGCUGUGUGAGGAAUUAACGGGACUAGAAAUUGGUAUAAUAAAAAUACCACUGAAGUUAAGUGGAAUCUUCCUGCACACCCUUACUAUGUACCUGCUUGUCUUAAGUCUUUGUUUUAUCAACCUCUAUCACUAACAUUAGCCUACAGGAUGGGAACUCCUCCUUGUUAUUUUCAGGGGGAAAUGGGUAUCCACCCAGUGUUUGAAAAUGGCAAUCGAUAAUGCUACAAGCAUCCUUGGUGCCUCUGCACUACUUUCUAGGGAGAGCUGUAUUCUCAUCAUCUUUGCCAGAUGACACUGAUCCUAAAUUUCUUUGAGCAUGAGCUUGGGAACAGUAACUUUCCUGUUAGUGUGGUUUUACUGCUAGCUGCAGUUGAAGAUAUUUUAGCCUGUUGGAGAACUCUGAAAUCUGCCCUCUCAUGUCUAGUACAUGCUAUAACUAGGCCAUAAGUGCUCUCUCUGGAACGCUGUUCCCAGAGGCGACAAUGUCAGGUGGGAGGGUAAGAGAGGGGCUCUCUUCAUGCCUUUUCACUUGUAAUUGAUCCUAGACUCCAGGCAUUAGCUCUCUUCUACAUCCACUAACUCUGGGCCAGGAAGGUGAAUUAGUACAGCCUCUCACAGAUUUCAUCCUUCAGCCUUGUCAGACUAAACUCAAAUAGAUGAGAUCUCAAUAUCAUUUAUUAAUAGAUGCAUUAGCGUUACACACUUAGAGGUUUUCUGAUAUAUACUGCUUCCAUCCUGACAAACCUUAACGUUAUUUCAUUUUUGUCUCCAAGCACAGCUGUGAGGCAACACCAAUGUUAAGUACACAGUGUUACUGUCCCUGGCACAACAGCAGUGAUGAUAGUUCCUCUCCAAGGAAUUUUUUGAACAGCUGACAAACAAAAUAAUCAGGUUCUUGUUUCUACUUUCUUCUUUUAUGGUUGUGAUAUUUGUCUUCAUCCCUGAAACAAAAACACAAACAUUGUGCGUGCUGUUAGGCUCAGACUGACAGAAUCUGAAGAGAAAAAAAAGACAGAUCUGGAAAAUGGAAAGCUCUCAUUAAAUGUAAUCACGUCCUCUUCUAAGGAAAGAAAGUAAACAACUUUAAGACAGUUUAUUUCCCGUGCUGUUGUAAUCAAAGUCUUGUCACGUACUGCCAUAGUGGCAAUUAGUUUAGGAAAAUGGCAUCACUGUGUAAUGAAGCCAGCUUUGAUAUAAGCUGCAUUCCCAUCCAUGCAGUUAUCUAUAGCAUUUCUUCCCCACACACUAGGGACAGUGCAGCAGCUCUUCUGCACAACAGCCUAAGUCUUUGCUCAAACACAGGUCCCGCAUACCUAUGGGCUUGCAGAUGCAAGCAUGCCCUUAUUGACAGUACUACAAGGUGUGGCCUAGAUUUGUUUUCUUUUGCCUAAAUAUAUGUCCCAAACUACUGAAGACCAAACAGCAUUGCUUUUCAGCAUCUACCACGGAAAACCUAGUCAAAUGAUUUUAUGUAUAUACAUAUAUACAGAUGAACAUGAGCCAGCCGUGUGCCCAUCCUGGCUUGUAUCAGGAAUAGUGUGGCCAGCAGGAGCAGGGAGGUGACAGUGCCCCUGUACUCAGCACUGGUGAGGCCCCACCUCAAGUACUGUGUGCAGUUUUGGGCCCCUCACUACAAGAAGGACAUUGAGCUGCUGGAGCGUGUCCAAAGAAGGAUAAAGCUGGUGAAGGGUCUGGAGAGCAGGUCUUAUGAGAAGAGGUUGAGGGAACUGGGGCUGUUUAGUCUAGAGAAGAGGAGACUGAGGGGAGACCUUUUCACUCUCUACAACUACCUGAAAGCAGGCUGUAGUGAGGUGGGGGUUGGUCUCUUCUCCCAAGUGAAAAGUGAUAGGACAAGAGGAAAUGGCCUCAAGCUGCACCAGGGGAUGUUGAGAUUGGAUAUUAAGAAAAAGUCUUCACUGAAAGGGUUGUCAGGCACUGGAACAGGCUGCCCAGGGAAGGGUUGAGUCACCAGUCACCACCCCUGGAGGUAUUUAAAAGGUGUGCAGGUGGGGUGCUUAGGGACAUGGUUUAGUGGUAGACUUGGCAGCAUUAGGUUUACGGUUUGACUCAAUGAUCUUAAAGGUCUUUCCAACCUAAAUGAGUCUAUGAUUAUUAGUGAAAAAAAAUAAUCAGAUUAAGUCCCAGUGCAAACUAGAGCAGAAAUCAGGCAUGACAAGUACACUUAACUGGUUAAAUGGGCAAUAUGUUGAUCAAGAAUUAAAAUACCCUGCAACAGUACUGCACUAAUCCUGUAGCUUGCUGUUGUAAGUGUCACCUUUCGGAUGUGAGAGUAAAUUCUGAAGUCAGGUUCAUAGUUUAUGAUCUCACAGCAAAUUCUGUUUAGUAUUAGUAGCCUCAUGCCGCUGGCUUGUUAUACGGUAUAUGAGAUUAGCCCAGCUUUAACUGGACUAGAUAUUCUAAUUCUCUGCACUAAGUCCCAUAGCCAAUGGCUGCAGCUGCCUGACCCAGAAGCAGGAGUCAGCUGCCACUGUUUUUGCUCACCUCUCUCUUUUUCUCCGAGAAUCUCUGUCUUUGCCUCUUUCAUGACUCCUUUUCCGUUUAUUUGGACUCCUGCUGGUCUCUCUCCUAUGUCUGGUGCGUUCGGUAUCUUUAUAGCUUCCUCCUGACUGCCGUGACUCCACUGAAGCUGAACGCCUGUCUUCCCUUCUGAAAAAAAGUUAUUAAUUUUAGUCAAUAAGAACAGUUUCACAGUCA